AUGGAGAAGAAGAGAGGACAUGUAUUAGCUGUGCCAUUCCCAAGCCAAGGACACAUCACACCUAUUCGUCAAUUCUGCAAACGACUUCACUUCAAAGGUCUCAAAACCACUCACACUCUCACCAAUUUCAUCUUCAACACAAUCCACCUCGACCCUUCUAGUCAGGUCUCCAUAGCCACAAUCUCCGACGGCUACGACCACGGCGGCUUCUCAUCAGCUGGAUCCGUCCAUGAAUACCUCCAAAACUUCAAAACCUUUGGCUCUGAAACCGUCGCUGACGUCAUCCGCAAGCAUCAGGCUAGUGACGACCCAAUCACUUGUAUCGUCUACGAUUCUUUCAUGCCUUGGGCGCUUGACGUUGCAAGAGAGUUCGGUUUAGCCGCGGCUCCUUUCUUCACGCAGAAUUGCGCCGUUAACUAUAUUAACUAUCUUUCUUGCAUGAACAACGGAAGCUUGAAACUUCCCAUCAAGGAUUUGCCUUUUCUUGAGCUUCAAGAUUUGCCUACUUUCGUCACUCCUACUGUUUCUCACCUUGCUUACUUUGAGAUGGUGCUUCAACAGUUCACUAACUUCGACAAAGCUGAUUGUGUACUCAUGAAUACCUUCCAGGAGCUUGACCCUCAUGAAAAGGAGUUGUUUUCGAAAGUUUGGCCUGUGUUGACAAUCGGACCGACUGUUCCAUCGAUGUACUUAGACCAACAGAUAAAAUCAGACACCGACUACGAUCUGAACCUCUUUGACUCAAAAGAAGCGUCCUUAUGCGCUACCUGGCUAAACACAAGGCCACAAGGGUCAGUGGUGUACGUAGCGUUUGGGAGCAUGGCUCAGCUAAGUAGUGUGCAAAUGGAAGAGAUUGCUUCAGCAAUAAGCAACUUCAGCUUCCUGUGGGUGGUCAGAGCUUCAGAGGAGACAAAACUCCCAUCAGGGUUUCUUGAGACAGUGGAUAAAGACAAGAGCUUGGUCUUGAAAUGGAGUCCUCAGCUUCAAGUUCUGUCAAACAAAGCAAUUGGUUGUUUCAUGACUCACUGUGGAUGGAACUCAACCAUGGAGGCAUUGACUUUAGGUGUCCCUAUGGUGGCUAUGCCUCAAUGGACCGAUCAACCGAUGAAUGCAAAGUAUAUACAAGAUGUGUGGAAGGUUGGAGUUCGUGUGAAGACAGAGAAAGAAAGUGGGAUUGCCAAAAGAGAGGAGAUUGAGUUUAGCAUUAAGGAAGUGAUGGAAGGAGAAGAGAGCAAAGAGAUGAAGAAGAACGCGAAAAAAUGGAGAGACUUGGCUGUCAUGUCACUCAGUGAAGGAGGCUCUACAGAUAUAAGCAUUGACGAAUUUGUAUCGAAGGUUCAAAUCAUAUAA